GCUGAGACACUGGGUAUCUCCGCAGGGUGCACGGUGCGUAAAGCUGCUCCGAAACGUGCAUUGUUUUGAAAGUAUCCAUCCAUUAAAAUAAUGACGAAGCUGACGGUCAUUGACAGGGUGUAAACCGGACGCUCGGAUGGUAGACAGGAAUCAUGCGCGGCGCGGUUUAAGGACAGCUGAGUUUGACGGGUUAAAAGGUUGUGAGCUUUCCACAGUGCUUGGGUGAAAUUGCAGAAUUAUCUACUAAACCAUGUAUGAGCCUAAGUACUAUGAUAGCCCCCCUGUGUACAGCCCACCUUACAGCACUGCCUCCCACAGCUUCUAUCCCCCAAGGAGUGUCCAUUCCCCCCGGAGCCAGAAUGUCCCCUGCACCUAUGCACUUCCACCAGAUUCCUACUAUGUGGAGGGGAAGCCUCAACACUUCUACCGCUGGUUCUCACCUCCCGGCUUUGUCAAGACCUUCCAAGGAGCCACAGUGCUCAUGUGUUUCCUCAUCUUUGCCUGUGUAGCUUCAACUUUGGUGUGGGACUUGAAUCGAUUUGGGUAUGGUGGCUACGGUGUUGUUGAUACUGGAGGUGUUGGAGGGUUGGGGGCAGGAUACUAUGGAGGUAGCUACGGCUAUGGCAGCUCCUACAUGACGCCUCAGUCUGCCAAGGCAGCAAUGAUUUCGAUGGCUGCCAUCAACUUCCUGGUUUCACUGGGGUUCUUGGUGGCGAGUUUCUCACGAUCACGGAGAAUACGGGGAUGCAGGUUUUACCUCACUGUGUUCAUCUGUGAUAUCAUCUUAGCUGUCCUUCAGGGCAUCAUUGACAUCAUCUUUGUGAUCGGGGUGAACCCGAUGUCUCAGAGCUCACAGAGCGUGUUGUACAACCCCAUGCUCAUGAUGUGUCAGAGCAUGCAGGGCAGCCCCAGCCUCAGCGGCAGUCUGGGGGCCGGUUUCCCCGGGGGGUUCCCCAUGUACAAUCAAUACCUGCACCACUACUGCUACAUGGACCCUGAGGAGGCAGUGGCAUUUGUGUUGGGUCUUCUGGUGGUGCUGGCUUUGUCGUUUUCUGCUUACUAUGCCUACAAGACCCGCAGCAAGAUUUGGCAUCAUGGAAAAGCUAACAUCUACUGGGACGAGCCCCUGGUCAGGCCAUCAGAGGGGCAGGAUAUACAAGACUGGGUGAAUCAUGUUGGAGAAGUGCGCAGCGCCCAGCAGGCACCGACUGUUGUGUCAGAGAGAGCGGCGCCAGACCUGAGGGUGGAGAACAGUGUGGUCUCCUACGCCAAAGCAGUCAGCAUCCACAGUGAGGGAAAUUAUAAAAUCAACAGUUUCUCUGCAAACAGCAGCAAGACCCAUGGUGCUGAGCCUUUGUACCAAAACAGCAGGGCCAUAGUUUGCCCCAGCAGCUCUUCAGAUGAGAGUGACAGCAGGAGGAGGCCUCCUCCUUAUUAUGUGAAGAAGGAACAGAGGAAGGACAAAGAACCAAUACCUGCUGCUCGGGCAAUAAUUGAGUCCCAGUAUGAAACUGGUUACACCACAGGAGACACCGGCAACGGGCUGGACCGAGACCACACAGAUUACCUCCACAGGCUGUACCCAGAGAUAACUUCAGAUGAGCAACGCAGGAAAUACAAGAAGGAGUUUGACUCAGAUCUUUCCUGCUAUAAGAGACUCUGUAGCGAGCUAGAUGACAUCAGUGACCAGAUGCACAAAUUGAGUCGAGAACUGGACGCACUGGACGAAGACUCCACAAAGUACCAGGGUGUGGCAGAUGAAUAUAACCGACUGAAAGACCUUAAAAGAACGCCUGAGUAUCAAGCAAAGAAAAAGCAGAGCAAAGAACUUCGGCAAAAACUUUUCCACAUCAAACGUCUGGUGAAAAUCUAUGACCAAGGUUUUUGCUAGUGUACAUUAUUCAUCUGCCCAGAAAAGUGUAGUCAAGACACAAGACUUCAUCCAGCAUUUAGCAGCUUUGCUUGGGCUCCUUUUUCCCCCUCACUGGCCACACAGAACCUCCCAGCAUGUUGGCCCUAAUGUGGUCCUACAGUCAGUGAACCUCAAGUGCAGCUGUCAGAAUACAGCAUCUAAUCGUCUUCAUCGUUUUAACGCAAACAGCAUAACAAUGCAGCACUGUUGAUGCCUGUCAUAUUUAAGUAUCAGAUUUCUCUUUCAGUUGUAAUUUAAUUGAAAUAAAUGACAAAUGUUAUGUAUGACUAUAUUGGAACACAAGCAAAUAAACCCACAAUGGAACUC